AUGGCCCCUCCUCCGGAUUACAGACGUGAAGUGAGCGUGCAGAGGCGGGCACUCCUCGGCUUGCUUCCCGAUGGCGACGACUCGUCUUCCUCCACCCGGGCCGCUACUGUAGCCAAUGCGGCUGCUACGCCAGACGAUGGUGGUGGUGGUCUUGUCGGUGGCCUGACCAGUGCAGUUGACGGCCUGACUAGUGCAGUCGGAGGCUUGACGAGCAUCGGUGCGACUCCCACGUCGUCCAGCUCUUCAUCAUCUUCUUCAACAACUAGUAGCUCGACCAGGUCCUCGACCACGUCCAGCUCAACCACGUCUUCUUCCACUUCAACAUCUUCGUCUUCGUCAACGACGACCUCUUCUUCAGUUGUAAGCACUUCCACCUCCGCGCAAACCCAAUCAACAACACCAAUACCUCAGUCGAUCUCGCAGGACGAGACACCAACGACAAUCCUCAGCACGUCCGGUGACUCAGUUUUCACCGUUACGUCUUUCGCAGAUGCCCCUCAGGCAUCUGCAACUGAAUCGCAAACUGCGACUGCACCAGGCACACAAAAGUCGUUUUUGCAGAAUAAACCACUAUCGGGGACGAUCUUCGCGUUAGCGGGACUCGUAGCACUGAUUUUACUCGUGGUGGUUAGUACAUGGGCGAUUCGGAGGCGCAGGAAGAAUCGCUUGGAACGUGAGGCGGAGAACUUUGGGGCUGGGUUCUGGCCGAAUCCUGACCCGGAUGGAUUAGGUACUGGUGGUGGUAGUGUAGGAGGUGGUGGUGAGAAACUUGCGAGGACGCCGUCGGGACGGACGGCGGCGAGUGAUGAGGCGCUUAUGGGGUAUGGACAUCGGCGUCAGUUGAGUGAUGGGACAAUUGAUCAGAGACCCCCACCUCCGCCAACAAAGAACCCUGCGGGGGUGGGUGCGUUCAAUCCCCUUCCUGCACCACCUGCUCGAGGUCCACCGCUUAUGCAAGGAUAUACGUACGAGAGUCCGUACGCUACGUACCAACAACCGGCAUACAUGGCUCCAUCCCAGUCUCAGACUCAACAGCAACAGGCACUUCAGCGGAACGCGACGAACGGAAGUAACUGGUCUGGCUCGACGUUCGGUCAACAGCAUGGCGGCGGAGGUGCUCAGGCUCCGAUGCCGAAUGUGCAAGCUCAACAACAGCAACCGGUGCGCGCGUCGUCGGGCUCAGAUGCGUAUGCGGACUAUGCGUUCGCGACGGGUCCUGGACAACAAGGAGCCGGUCCGCGGAACUUGAUGAUUGCGAAUGUUUGA